AUGUACAACGAUCCAGCCAAAACUGCAUCGCAUGAACAACGCCGCAUCGAAACAAUGUUUGGCAAAAUGGAGUCACAAGCGAGCACUAUAUUUCGCCGCAUUGUCAAAAACCAUGAAGCCGGUGACGCAGCUGUGACCCUGACAAGAAUUGAGAGAGAUUUGCUCCGCAAGUUUCUAUUUCUAUUGAAGUAUCGCGGCUCUGGGUUUCACCAACGCUUCUAUCAUGAUAAGCCUGAGGACUACUGUUCCAAGGAUCGAGAGCUACUUCUUGAAUAUAUGAAGGAGCACCACUUCUCCACACCGAGGGAUGUGUGGUAUCACAAUCUGGAAACAAUCAUGAACUUGGAAAUGGACCCUGAACGCAAAUGGACCGACGAACUCCCAUGCAAAAUGUUUUCUGACGACGCGUAUUGGUUUAUUAUGCAUUGCGAAACAUAUUAUAUGGCCAUAUGUACCCCUUCAGAGGUCACAGAUGAGUUUAUCCUGACAGAUAAUUGUUACAACGUUUUUGAAGGUCCUAGUACUUUCCGCAGGGAUGUCACAGGCAAGAUGAUAGGCGGUUAUCAUGCCGGAUAUCACGAAUUUGCACCCAUAUCACCGCGUCUGAUAAUCGUCUUACGGUGUCUUGCACUACCAAAUCCUGAGGAAGACUACAAUUGGGAAAUUAGCCAGGCGCGUAAUGAUGCCCUCUGGUCAUCGUUCCAGCGUGUUUACGGUGAGGACACGAAAUCAAUGCUGGAAGAUCUGCCAAUAAAGAAGUGCAGGAAUAAUUACUCUGAAAUUAUUAAUGGAGAGGCUCAUGCUGUUGCGGGAUAUGAUGGGAAAUUUCGGCCAACAGAUAAGUUUCACUUUACAUAUCAUCCCAUCAAAAGUGGCCAUGUGAACACCAUAAACAACAUUUUUUUGGAUAAUGCAGGCGGAUUCAGCACAAUAGCUUACCGAAACAAAGAAAACAUCAAACAAAUACUGGAGUCCUAUGUGAGUGGACCAUGCGACUCAUUCAAGAUUGUGGGCGGCGAUGAUCCGGACAGUCGAUACUCGUUUCUGCGAGGGUUAGAGACUCUUGCCAAGCACCUAGGUUCGCAAAACUCCCUUGUAUGGAGAACUAUGAAAAUGGUUCCGACGAUUUCUAGGAGGCAAUCAACGGAUAAGCCACUAGAAUUUCGAAGAGUGAUGCAGAGAUUGCAGAAUGGCCUUUCGCGUGAUGAUCCAGUGGCUAUCUUUUUUGACCUAUACAUGAAGCUUGGUGGGAAAGCACUAUUUGAUCGAGACGUGCCCCAGGCCGGGAAAAUGGUUUAUUUCCAAAGUGUGAUCGAAUCACUGAGUGUUGGUUGCAGUGAAAUGAUCCAAAUGCGAAAUAGGAAAGAGCAAUUCGGAUAUCGUGAUGAAACACAAGAUGAGAUUGACCUUCUCGUGACUGAGGAAGUAAGAGAAGGUCCAGAAGAUAUAUUUGCUCAGAGCUCUCAGCUCUAUACUGAGAAUACGUUAAAUAAAUUGAUGCAGACCACGGUACUUAACGACAUUGUAACUCGAAAAUAUAUGAUAGAAAGCCUGUGGGAACAUGCCUUCAGGACUAAAUAUAUCGUCUCUCAUGCGCUAUUUCAUUCCGUUAUCUUCAUCCGUCCAGGCAAAAUUCGAGACUGCGGUAUUCCAGAGGUUGAGCUGUUGGCUCAGCAAGAGGAGGAAAGCCUCCGCACGGAAGGUACACGCGGUGGGCUAUUCCAUCUUCCUUUUGCUUCCGAGGAAGAACAAUUGGAGUUGAUGGUGAGAGUUCAUGUGAGAUCAAAUUUUCAAGUGGCUAUGGGAGGGAAGGCUGAAGAUGGUUUAUUGCGAGAACUGGAGGACGUAUUUUUUAGAUUGACCUUUCCAACUCCGCCUUUGGGUUAA